CUGGGAGGCGCAUUGAAAUAGGGCGUAGGGGCUUCUCCUCCAUUCAUUCGUUGAGAGAAGGCACGCACACACCUUAAGGAGAAAACUGAAUCGACAAUAUGUGGGUGGGGUGCAAGUUUUUCGAUUAAUCUAGCGCAUAGAGAAAACUGCUAACCGAGCACAAUUUAGACUGCAUAAGCAUACAAAAACAUCGCGCUGAGCUGGUGUUGACUUUUCAGUUGAAAAGUCUUUGGAGAGCAACUUUUUGCAAGUGAGUGGACUCGCCACCAUUUCCCCUGCUAGACCAUUACACGAUUUUCCAGGCUGGAAUGAUCUUUUCCAAAAUGUUUCUGCACUUGAAUCCUGUUUACGUGGAUUGUGCAAUUCAACUCCCAAUUCAAGUUGUCCCUUAGUUGAUUUAAGCAAAUGAAAUACGGUUGGCGAGUUAUUAUUUUGCAAAUAGCUUAUGAGAAUUAAGUCGAUUGUAGCGCACCAUUUGUUCAUUUCUUACAGGAGUCACUUCAACCGUUAUGUCUAGAAUAUUCCGUGCCGUUAUCAUGGGCCCCCCCGGCUCAGGAAAAGGAACCAUCUCUGAGAGAAUUGCGCACACUUUUGGUAUACAACAUCUGUCCAGCGGUGACUUUUUGAGAGAGAACAUCGCCGCAAAAACGGAGGCUGGCAUACUCGCUAAGACCUACAUAAAGAAGGGCCUCCUGGUGCCAGAUCAUGUGAUGACACGGCUUCUGCUACCUAGACUAGAGGAGAUAGCCAGACACAGCUGGCUGCUGGAUGGCUUUCCCAGGACACUGGCUCAGGCCCAAGCCCUGAACAGUGCAUGUGAGCUGGAUGUGGUCAUCAGUUUGAACGUCCCAUUUGAGACUUUGAAGGAGAGACUGAGGCAUCGUUGGAUACACCCUGCCAGUGGCCGAGUUUACAACUUGAUAUUCAACCCUCCACUCGUGACGGGUAUUGAUGACAUCACCGGUGAGCCUUUAAUUCAACAUGAAGACGACAAACCAGAGGCAUUAGUGGCCAGACUGCGACACUACAAAGACGUGGCCAAGCCGGUGAUAAACCUAUACAAGUCCAAAGGUAUCCUGCACAUGUUCUCGGACACAGACACGAACCACAUCUGGCCUCACAUCAGUUCCCUGCUCAGUGCCAAGAUUCCAGCGCCCAGGUCCAGCGCCCAGUCCACUCCAACACACUGAGGGAGACACUUGCCAGAGGAGGGGGACACUGAGUGGAGACUCCCUGGACAGGUCCUUCAACGACUCCAUAACUCCAGACAAGUGUCUGGUGUUGUCAUUUACAAGUGUCCUCAUAUGAUGGCUCUUUGAAUUGAUUAGUCCUCUUCUUCCUCCUCUGUCACUCUCACUCACUCACUCGUUUCCCUCUUUCUCUCUCUGUCUCUCUCUCCAUCUCUCUCUCACGCACAUAUGCAAACAUAACCCUCCAAGUUAAUUCAGGAGUCAGGUUUCUGCAUGAUUUUGUCAUGCAAAUAUAACUGUCAAAACAUAACAUCAAAACACAUUCUCCCCACUAAGCUGAACAUCUGGUUUAGCUUAGUGGGGAGGAAUUAUUUUGAGGUGAAUGAUUUUCCCUCAGUUUUCACUGUAUAUAAGCUAACAUUAAUUAGGUCAUUUAAAUUAAAGCUUUUCUCAUGACUGCCUUUGAUAUGUCAUGGUAUUUCAUUCUCAAUGAUUUUGGUAGUUUUGGAAUGGAAGGGACUGGACCUUUCUAAUGGAAGAAAUUGUAAAAGUAUCCCAUUAGUAAGUGUUGUGGUUUUGCUGGUUAGAUGUAUACAGUUGUCAUUGUAACUAGUAAAUUACUGACCCACACAAUGCAAUCCCAGUGUAUGCAGCCAUUUAUGCCAUGUGCUUGCCUUUUCACAAUAUGACCCUUUCCAGUACCUCACUACAAUAUGUGCAUUUAUUCUUAGAUUCCAUUAACUAAUUAAACAAUUGCCUUGUACAGAAAUUACUUCUUGUUUGAAAGAAUCACAUUGCACUAAUGUUCCUGGUGCUUUUGUGCUUACUUUAAUGUAAUGACAAAUAUCAUGAUUAUUGAUCAUAUUUGUUGGAGAACUACUCCCUCUCCUGAUGAAUGUGCUCAGGAUCAAAUACAAGUUCUUCGUUUUGCCAAAGGGUCCAACCUUGCACAGAGAUGAACAUGCAGUGGCUUUAGAUAACAGCAGUGGUUUAUCUGAAAUGCGGGCCUAUAAAGGCAUACAAUUCCAAAGUAUUUCCUUAAUGCUCGCCUGAGAAAAUGAUGUGUUAUUUUAACAUUUGUAUUCAGUCAUUGAUCAUUGUAGGACUGUGGAUUUUUGUUUAUGCUUUGUGUGUUCUAUAGUCACAUUGCUUUAGGUCAUGUGUACAUCUGCUCUGUGUUGCAACUUGCAAUGGAAAUGUUUUGUGAUGGAACCUUUAGGGACCAACAUUUUUAAGUUUUAGGUUCUAAAGAGCUAAACAUUUUGGCACAGCAGUGACACUGCAACUCUGAAACUAGAAGUUCUAAACGUUGAUGCUGUGUAAGGAAAUUUGUUACAGGGUUCAAACCUGUCUAUGAAUGAACCAUUAGUAGACAAUGGAACAGGUAGAAAAAGAGUCGCUGUCGCUGAAGUGAAUGUAUGGUGAGAAUUAACCAUGUAUUUAGUUUGUUAUGACACCUUUUACUCACUAUAUGAUCUUCAAUAGGUCUUCAGAGGUCAUGGGUUCCAUUUUUGGUGCUAGUGCCAUGGUAUAUGGUUUAUGUGUUCUAUUGUAUUGAUUAGGGAAAUCCAAAGCUAACAUAGAUGGCAAAUAUCAUUCAGAUGUACAGCAUUUUGCCAUACUGUAAUGAAACUAGUAUGGAGGGACUUACAUGAAGGGAACUGAGUGUGCUGGUUUUCAUCCACAUCCACAGUAGACUGUAAUAUUGUGCUACGAAUGUUUUAUUUCUGGGCGGUUUGUUGCCACUUGUUAAGAGACUAAAUGAGAGUCUUGCCGGCCAGAGAACGUGCUCCAAUGUUUCCUCAAUGUUUCCUCAAUGUCUCCACCCUCUGUUGUGCAAUACCACAGAGCCUAUUUCUGUGCUGCUGUGAGUCAUGCAGUGCAGCUGCUUCGUCCCAAAAACCAAAAUAAACACUUUUUUCCUACAAAA